AUGGAUUUCGAGACGAGUUCGCCUGGUGCGUACUUCGAAGUACAACCGCAACAUCUUUCGAGCCAUCUGCAGUACGACAAAUCAAACACUUAUUCAUUGCCAUUCGAGUUCCCAGUAGAGUACCCCACGUUGGACCUUCAGGGCCACUCAUUCCGCUCCCACCAACGACAUCACUCUGCUUCCGCUCAGUCCAACCAUUCCUCAGUCCAUCGGUCUUCUAAUGGUAGCGUUUUCUCGUCAUGGCAACCUCAAGCUCGCAGCUCUGUUGCAUCCACGAACACGACAUGGUCGCACUGCUCCGACUUUACUUCAGAGCAGUACCCCGCUCCAUCAGAACACGUCUUGGAGGCGCAGUCUUCAAUUGCUUCGCCACCACCAGCACGUACACCUUUUAAGCGAGCGCACGAACGUCAACCUUCGCAAGACAGGGAGCCUUUCCUGACAUGUGUAUCGCGAAAUAAAAGAUCUCGACGCUCUGCUAAAGAGCCGAAAUACCAAUGCACAGCGUGCAGCGAAGGUUUCCAGCAAAAGUACGACUGGAAGCGACAUGAGGAAACCUAUCAGGAGCGCACAGAAAUGUUCGAAUGCGAGCUGUGCUUGAACGUAUAUUUUCUCGAGAAAGACUUCAUUCACCACCAUCAAGGGAGUCACAGAUGCCAGGUAUGCAUCCCCAAAAGACAUGUGGAAAUGGCAAGGAAGAAGCGUGUAGCUCGGACUGGCUGGGGUUGCGGAUUCUGCGUUCACUUCAGCACGAGUUGGCAGGAGAGGUGCAGCCAUAUCAGCGAGCACUUUGAGAGGAAAGGGCAUACGAUGGCAGACUGGAAGCACUCGAGGGUAAUAUGGUCGCUCCUCCAGCGACCGGAGAUACUCCAAGAAUGGUGCUAUCUGCUGGAAACAAAGCAACGCACCCAAAACCCCUUCUCUUGGAAGGAAUCCACCACCGGACGAGCAGAAGGAUACCCGGACACGGACGCCCAACCCCAGCUGCAAGAUCUUCUCGAGUUUUAUCCGCAGCCUCACAACGCCGCUGCCAUCGCAAGACUGGCCUUCGAAACUGGCCUUCGGGAGAAAGAGCUUCCCAAGGCGCCGCCGCCCGUUCCAAAGAAAGAUCAAUAUCCAUUACAGCUACCUCACCAGUCGAUGUAUCAUCAGAGUCAGCACUCUGGCCCGUUUUCUGCCGCCGUUUACGACCCUAUGCCCGACAUGCCGAUCUGGAAUCGGCUAGGGGCCAUUCCUGAAGACCCUUUUCAGCCAACCAACGUGGUCACGCUCGACUACGAUGAGCUUAGUGCCGCGUUCAACAACACCUACGAUCACGCUGGUCAAUUUUGA